AUGCCGCCUUCACGACUUUCUCGCCUCCCGCCGUGGAUCAGCCACUGGCUUGGCUACCGUCCCGUGGCUCCGAAACCAUUACCAACAUACCAGGUUGCGCUAUGGUCCUUCAUAACGUCUUUUUGUGGACUCUCCGUAAUCCAAGGACUCUUCAACUACUCUGACUACUUCCUUUCACGCGGUGUUCCCGGAAUCAUCGCCUCAUAUGGUGCAUCCGCCGUUCUCGUCUUCGGAGCAAUUGAAAGCCCACUAGCUCAGCCUAGAGCUCUGAUCUUCGGUCACUUUUUCAGCGCCCUAACCGGUCUCUGCGUUACAAAGCUUUUUAGUCUAAUGCCAGAUCACGCGCGUUUCGAGUCUCUGCGCUGGCUUGCCGCGUCCCUCUCCACUGCUAUUGCUAUCGUUGUUAUGCAGCUGACGGGAACGACUCAUCCCCCUGCUGGCGCGACUGCUUUACUCCCUGCGACUAAUGAUGAGGUCUGGAACCUUUCUUGGUAUUAUUUACCGAUUGUGCUGCUGUCGUCUACUCUGCUCAUGACGUGUGCUCUACUAUUAAAUAAUUUACACCGUCGAUACCCUGUCUUUUGGAUUGCGCCGAGCCCUGCACCGAAACCUGGACCUGUACCUGCUGUUGAUCUUGACUCGGGGAAGUCUUCUGCGGAGACUCCAUCGGUGCGCGAUGAAGCCAAGGCCUCUGUUUAA